AUUACAGAACAGGCCCGUGUUUCACACAAAUUAACAACCAGAUGUGUCAGGGCCAGCUAACUGGAAUUGUUUGCACGAAAAAUCUCUGUUGUGCAACCAUUGGGCGUGCAUGGGGUCACCCCUGUGAAAUGUGCCCUGCUCAGCCUCAGCCGUGCCGUCGUGGCUUCAUCCCUAAUAUUCGCACUGGAGCAUGUCAAGACGUUGAUGAAUGCCAGGCUAUCCCUGGGGUGUGCCAGGGAGGAAACUGCAUUAAUACAGUAGGUUCAUACGAGUGCAAGUGUCCUGCUGGUCACAAACAGAAUGAGGCAACUCAAAAAUGUGAUGAUAUUGAUGAAUGCAGCAUCAUCCCAGGAAUCUGUGAAGGCAAUGAAUGCUCUAACACUGUGGGAAGUUAUUUCUGCAUGUGCCCACGGGGUUAUGUCACAUCUGCAGAUGGCUCACGCUGUAUCGAUCAGAGGGCAAGCACGUGUUUCUCCAACACAGUGAAUGGCCGCUGUGCACAGGAGCUUCCUGGCAGAUUCACCAAAAGGCAGUGCUGCUGUGAGUCUGGCCGGUGCUGGGCCGUCGGGUCUGUUCCAGAGAUGUGUCCUGUUAGAGGAUCUGAUGAACACCGCAGACUUUGUGUGGAUGUUGCUCCUGCUGGAGGUGGGUCCAGAGGUGGUGGGACAAGAGGAAAUGGGUUCCUUCCCGGUGGCAAUGGCAAUGGCUACAGCCCAGGAGGAGCAGGAUUCAUUCCCAUACCUGGAAGCAAUGGUUUCUCCCCAGGUGUCGGCGGAGCAGGGAUAGGGACAGGUGGUCAAAGUCCCACUGGAAAUGGCCCAAUAAUUACUGGGCUAACAAUACUCAAUCAGACAAUAGACAUCUGCAGGCACCAUCCCAACCUUUGUUUAAACGGACGUUGUAUCCCAACCCUUUCUAGUUAUCGAUGUGAGUGCAACAUGGGAUAUAAGCAGGAUGCAAAUGGGGAUUGUAUUGAUGUUGAUGAAUGCACAUCAAACCCAUGCUCUAAUGGAGACUGUGUCAACACACCUGGUUCCUAUUACUGCAAGUGCCACACAGGUUUCCAGAGAACUCCUACCAAACAAGCUUGCAUUGAUAUCGAUGAGUGCAUCCAGAAUGGUGUUCUUUGUAAAAAUGGACGGUGUGUAAACACUGAUGGAAGUUUCCAGUGUAUUUGCAAUGCUGGGUUUGAACUGUCUACAGAUGGAAAAAAUUGUGUGGACCAUGAUGAAUGUGCCACUACAAACAUGUGUUUAAAUGGGAUGUGCAUAAACGAAGAUGGGAGUUUCAAAUGCAUCUGCAAACCAGGGUUUGUUCUUGCUCCAAAUGGCCGCUACUGUACUGAUAUUGAUGAAUGCCAGACAUCGGGUAUUUGCAUGAAUGGUCAUUGCAUAAAUACUGAAGGAUCCUUUCGGUGUGAGUGUCCACCUGGCUUGGCGGUUGGAGUUGAUGGUCGUGUGUGUGUAGAUACUCAUAUGCGUAGCACAUGCUAUGGAGGCAUCAAAAAAGGAGUGUGUGUCCGUCCUUUCCCUGGUGCUGUGACAAAGUCUGAAUGUUGCUGUGCGAAUCCUGACUAUGGGUUUGGAGAGCCAUGUAACCCCUGUCCUGCUAAAAACUCAGAUGACACCAAGCUAAGUGGUGCAGUUAAUUUGCCAGAGGCAAGCGAUACCAUUCAGAGGGACCUUAACAUACUUGAGGAUUGGGCCCAUGUGAACCUCAUGAAGUGGCCCAAAACUGGAAGCACUAUUCCAAAUAUUAAUGAAUGUGCAUUGGAUCCUGAUAUUUGCUCCAAUGGAAUUUGUGAAAACUUACGUGGCAGCUACCGUUGUAACUGUAACAGUGGCUAUGAACCUGAUCCUUCUGGAAGGAAUUGCAUAGACAUUGAUGAAUGCUCGAUGAACGGGCUGCUGUGCGAUAAUGGGCUCUGUCGAAACACCCCUGGAAGUUACAGCUGCACUUGUCCAAAGGGUUACAUGUUCAGCACUGAAACAGACACGUGUGAAG